AUGGGUUACGAUGACAUUCUGCCACACCUCGGCGGGUUCGGCCGGUACCAGCGCCGAAUUUACGUGCUGCUCUGCUUGCCGGCAAUAUGCUGUGCAUUCCACAAGUUGGCCGGAGUGUUUCUGCUGGCCGUACCGGACUACCGCUGCCAGCUGCCGUACGAACUGGCGAACGCUAGCUAUGCGAUGGAACCGGAGCGCAUCUCGAUGGCCUUCCCGAUCGAUACACUGACCAAGAAACGGUCGACAUGCAGCUAUCUCGAUGCAAACUUCACGGAGUCAUACUGGAGCGGAGGAACUCCGGCCGCCGGCGUGCGGCACUGCAACCAAUGGGUGUACGAUCGAAGCAAAUUCGAGAGCAGCACCGUUACCGACUGGGACAUGGUGUGCGAUCGCGGCUGGUUGCGUGCCUCGGCGGACUCCCUCUUUAUGGUCGGUGUUAUGCUCGGCAGCAUCGGGUUCGGCUAUCUGUCGGACAAGUACGGGCGGAAGCCGAUUUUCUUUGCGUCCCUUGUGCUGCAGGUCAUCUUCGGUGUACUGGCCGGCGUCGCACCGGAGUUCUUCACGUACACCUUGGCCCGGAUGGUGGUGGGAGCCACCACUUCCGGCGUGUUUCUGGUGGCCUAUGUAAUUGCGAUGGAAAUGGUCGGUCCGAACGAUCGUCUGUACGCCGGAGUGGUCUGCAUGAUGUUCUUCUCGGUCGGCUACAUGUUAACGGCUGCAUUUGCGUACUUCAUCCACGAGUGGCGUAUGCUGCAGAUCGCACUGACACUGCCCGGUGUACUGUUCCUUUGCUACUGGUGGUUCAUCCCCGAAUCGGCCCGCUGGCUUCUCUCGAACGGACGACCGACUGAGGCGAUCAAACUGAUUGAAAGGGCGGCACAGUGCAACGGACUGACCGUGCCUCAGGAGGCGCUCGAUAAGCUGCAGGAAGAGGACAAGGUGUCGUCACAGCAGCAGGAAGACACGAACGAGGCGAAACCGUCACUGCUGGACGUUUUCAAAUACCCGAACCUGCGUCGCAAAGCGCUGCUGAUCUUCUUCGAUUGGUUCGUCAACAGCCUCACGUAUUACGGGUUGUCGUGGAACACAAACAACCUCGGCGGUAAUCCGUUGCUGAACUUUGUCAUCAGUGGUGCCGUCGAGAUACCGGCUUACUCGUUCCUGCUGGUCACCCUGAACCGGUGGGGGCGACGAACGAUCCUGUGCGGAUGCAUGAUCUUCGCCGGGGCCAUGCUGCUCACCACUAUGGCCGUUCCGCAGUCGGAGCAGUGGCUCAUCGUGGUACUAGCGAUGCUCGGUAAAAUGGCCAUAACGUCCAGCUACGGCACAGUGUACGUCUUCUCGGCCGAGCAAUUCCCGACCGUCAUUCGAAACGUGGCACUGGGCGCCUCCUCGACCAGUGCCCGCGUCGGUGGAAUACUCGCACCGUACUUCAACCUUCUGGGCGAGUACUGGCAACCGUUACCGCUGCUCAUCUUCGGGUCGCUCGCGUUUGUUGGCGGAGUGUUGUCGCUGUUGUUGCCGGAAACGCACAACCAAAAGCUGCCGGAAACGAUAGCAGACGGUGAAAACUUUGGCAAGCAGAAGACAGUACCCGGCAACGGCGGCGGUGGCGGCAUCAUCGGUGGAGGUCGAGACGUUGAACGGACCGCAGAAGAAAUGCAGGUGCUGAGUAAACCAGAGCCUCCUUCGUCACCGGAACAUCAUGACGUUGCUGUUACCGAUGGAGCUACCGAUGGCGAAAACAGAACCGAAAAGUAUUGAACCUAUGGCGCUAAUCAGCCCAACAGUGCGCGAGUG